AAAUGCAGAGCUCUGAGUCUCUAUGAUAACAUGGCUUCCUGGGUGAUACAUACUUCCUCUAAAGUCACAAGUAAAAUACAUGAAGCUUGAAACUUAAAUGAUAUACAUAUAUUUCAGAGGCAUGCACAUCCAGCACAGGGUUUGUGCUGCUGCAACUAGAAAAACAAAAGACUUGUAUACGUAUAAAUAUGUUUCCUUGUUUAUAAAAAUGCUAGUUCGAGAUCUUUGCUUUUCUAUGGUGCAGCCCCUCCCUCUUGACAACAUUACAAUACACAGUACACCCUCCUGAUCCGAUUGGGUAUAUUAACAGGUUUAGGCAAACAAUCAAUGUCUCAUCUGCAGUGACGCUUGUGAAUGAGGAACAAGUAAGCUCAUUGAAGGUUUCGGUUUCAUUUCACGAGGGUGUUUGAUUAAAGCAUUUUCACAUAGCAGACAUGAGAUAUAAAACAGUGAUAAGAUUCCUCUUUAGCACUGGGAUCUUUUUUCAAGCCUGCGAAUCAGACGUGAGUUGCAGGAAUGACGAUGGAGUCGAGGUCGACUGGUACAUCUUAUACAAGUUGCCCAACAUGAACGACGGUGGUCUGUCAUAUCUGUACAUGGAUGAGAGCACCAAUGGUUGGAUACCCAGCAAAGAGAAUAUCAACAGCAACUCUGGCACCCUGGCCCACACCCUGAAACCUCUUCUCGACUUCUACGACAGAAAGACGGCAGGAUUUGGAUAUCUGCUCUAUAACGAUCAGCCUUCGGAACUCAAGCCAGCUCCUGCAUCAUUUGGACACAGUAAAGGAGUCAUAAUGUUGGAUGAACAAACUGGAGUCUGGCUCUCACACAGCACACCAAAAUUUCCAACAUAUCAGAGUAAAGACUUCUGGCCUCAAAGUGGAAACGCUAAUGCUCAAACGUUUAUAUGUGUCACUUACUCCUAUGCUUCAUUCAAACAAAUAGGACUGCAGCUCCAAUACAUCCAUGCCUUUUCAUACGACUCUAGCAUACCCAAAACCUUUCCACCUGACCUGCGCUGUGUGGCACUGAGAACCUGCUACCCAAAGACGACGCCCUGGUUUAGACUCAUGACGCUGACGUCGGUGAAAGGACAGAGGUUCACCAGCUUUGCAAAAUACACACGAUUUGGGGAUGAUAUCUACUCUGGCUUCAUUGUAAAUCACUUGAAGCAGGAUCUGUACGUCAAGAGCUGGGGAAAGAUGCGUCGCCCUCUGCCUUCUAACUGCAGCAUCCCUCACAAUGUGAACAAUGUGUACAAUGUGAAGAAGGUACAACUUCCCGGCACGCAGACCUUCAGCGACACUGUCGAUCACUCCAAGUGGAGCGUGACUGCUGACCGUGGCUGGACCUGCAUCGCCGACAUGAACAGGGAGAUGAGUCAGAUGGGCAGAGGUGGAGGAGCCAUAUGCAUCAAUGAUGCUGUGAUAGGUGACGCUUUCUAUUCACUGAUCAGGGAGACAGAGCCAUGUGGCAGUGAACAUGCUGGUGUUCCGCAAAAAGAGCUUUAAGGGCACAACCCUCUGCAAUUUCUCUUUUUUAAAGACAGAAAACCAGAGUUGGGCAAGUUACUGAAAAUUAGUACUUAGUUACAGUUACUAGUUACUUCUUUUAAAAGUAAUUGAAUUACUUCACCAGUUACUGUAUAUCAAAAGUAAUUAGUUACUAGGCAAAGUAACUUUUAAGUUACUUCUGUUAUUUUAUUGUGAAAAUGUUUUAUUGUGAAAAUGUCACAUGAUUUUAUUUUGAAACGGUUCCGGUAGAGUCGCGGACAUCCUGUGAUGACUACAACGCCGCUACGGAAAAGGUUUAUGUUUUUAGCAACCCUCCGAAGAAGCACAAUGUCUUACGGUGUCCACGGUUGUUUUAAGGUGUUUCUAAGUUGUUCAAAGUUGUAUUAAGGUGUACGGUGUUACAAGGACGGCUCAAAUAAACGACCAGAACAUCAGUUUAAGUCUCGACCAUCUUUCGGGGGAUCUGGUUCACUUGUCUUCUUGUCUGCAAGUGUUCAGUUUUCUCAAAAGAGAGUAACGCGAGUAACGAACUCAUUUAAAUUUCAGAUAUUGUAACUGCGCUACUUGAUUAAAAAAAAUACUUCGUUACAUGCUCGUUACCGCUAAAAGUAGUGUAAUUACAGUAACGCGUUACUUUGUAGCGCGUUACUCCCAACACUGCAGAAAACUGAGGUGACUUAUCCUGAAAUUGAAAUUAUUGACCUUUGGCUGCAGGGUUAGAUAAGUAGACAUUUUUCCCUGCAUUGUAUUUCUUUUAAACAAUAUUUCCUCGUAUUUCGUUUUGUUUUGUUAUAUUUAGAAUAUGUCUUUUUUCAAAUUGUUCAGAACCAAAUUUUGAUUGAGCCUCUUUGGGUUGUGCUUUAUUUUUGUGUGUACCAUGUGUUUUGCUUUUGUGCUUCAUAUAAUCAGGAAAUUAAAAAAAUACACGUUAAAUACUAAUCAUUUAAUAAAAAAUUGAACUAAAAGUUA